AUGAAGAAACACCUUACUAUUGUCAUCAAACUUGGCACUUCGUCGAUUGUCGACGAAAAGAGCCACGAGCCUCUUCUCUCAAUCCUCUCCACCAUCGUCGAAACAGCCUGUAAACUACAAAAGGAUGGCCACCGAGUAGUCAUUGUGUCGUCCGGCGCCAUUGGCGUCGCUCUAGGUCACAUGGAGAUGGAACGCAGACCGAAACACCUCCCUCAAGUCCAGGCCCUGGCUGCCAUCGGACAGUGCAAGCUCAUGAGUCUGUGGGACCAGCUAUUCAUGCACAGAAGACAGCCAAUCGCUCAAAUCCUGCUCACAAGAAACGAUAUUGCCGACCGUACUCAAUACCUCAAUGCUCAGAACACUUUCAUCGAGUUGAUCCACAUGGGCGUCAUUCCUAUUGUCAACGAGAACGACACUUUGUCAGUCGCUGAAAUCAAGUUCGGUGACAACGAUACACUUUCCGCCAUCACUGCUGCCAUGGUUCAGGCCGACUACCUGUUCCUCAUGACAGAUGUGGAUUGUCUGUACGACAGUAACCCUCGCUCGAAUCCCAACGCCAAGGCCAUAGAGGUUGUCGAGGAUAUCGGAGACUUGGUCGCAGACGUUUCGAGUGCCGGUUCCUCGGUAGGCACUGGCGGCAUGGCUACCAAGAUCACUGCUGCUCGCUUAGCAACCUCUGCUGGUGUGACUACCAUCAUUACCCGCUCAGACAAGCCUGGAAACAUCGCCAACAUUGUCGCAUAUGCCGAAUCGAAAAAGGCAGAGGAACUGGCAGCUAAGCGUUCAUCGCGGCAGGGCUCAACAGACGGCUCAGAGUCGUUAAGCAACUCGACAAGCAAUUUGACUCUUGAGGAACCUUCGCUCGUGAAGAAAGCUGUGGUCAAUGAAGUGUCAAGCACAAAUGGCACCGUAUCACCCAAACUCGAUACACCUUCCUUGCCGCCACUACAUACUCGCUUCAUUCCCGAUCUUCAUCCUAUCAGAGACCGAUACUUCUGGCUGCUAUAUGGCUUAGCGCCACACGGAACAGUCUACAUCGACAAAGGCGCACAUAGAGCACUGGCUGACAAGGCUGGUCUACUGCCAGCCGGCGUAGUAGAGGUCGAGGGCAACUUCGCACAACAAGAAGCCGUGCGGAUAGUGGUGGUGCAGCGCAAAUCAAAGGGCUCGUUCGAAUAUGAGAAGGAAGACCCUGCACCCUUCGAAGUGGGCAGAGCACUGGUCAACUACUCGGCAGCGGAGAUUAAGAGAAUCCGCGGUCUCAAGAGCACAGAAAUUCAUGCUGCACUGGGUUAUGCGGACAGUGAGUACAUUGCGCUGAGAGAGAAUAUUGCAUUCGGCAAUAGAACGAGCAGACCUGCCACGCCCAGUCGCAUGUCGAUGAGCCAGGAGUUGGAAUCUAGGCAUUGA